AUGGUUCCAAGUCGCGAACUAAUUAAUGAACGUAAUGGAGUGAACGUAAAAAAAAAUGAUGAACUCUUGAAACGAAGAUUGGAUACGGUGGUUGGUAGUAUUCCAUGGCGGAUUGCCAAGGCAGGUGUGUUUUUUUGCGUAAUUUGGGUUACUCGGCCCGCAGAAGUGUUCGGUGAUGGAUGUUGCGGUGAUUUAGAGGUUGCGUUUAGCGAUUGGGAUUUUUGUUUCCAUCGAAGAUUAUCUAUUUAUCCAGUCAAUCCCGGGAAACUUGAUAAUAUAUGUUGUGACGACAAUGUGACUAUUCUAAGUUAA